AUGCCUUCCAAAGAUGGACAUUCAGGAUCUAAAAAUGCUGAAAUUAUAUUGGAAGUUACGCGAAGUUUGAAGAAUACAUAUUGUCUAAAGCACGGGUUAAGUGAUAUACAAUGUGCCAAAGAUUUAACCAAGGUGAAUUUGACUGGGACAACAUUAGGUGAGAUGUGUAUGCCCGAGUAUUACAGCAACAAUUCGUGCAUCGGGUACGAGUAUAAUUAUCGUAGUUUUGACGGAUCUUGUAACAACCUGAAACAUAAAUAUUUGGGAAAGGCAAACACACCUUAUAAACGUUUGCUGUUUCCAGUCUACACAGAUGGUGUUUACGAAAUGCCAAAUAAUUACGAAGAAAUGCUGCCUAAUCCUAGAUUAGUGAGUACAAGUUUUGUAAAAGACGAGAACUCGUCUGACCACAAAAAAACGAUGAUGAUGGCGUACUGGGCGAUGUUCAUAGGCCACGAUCUAUCACACACAGCAGUUUCUACCAUGGGGAAAGAUAAAAGAUUUGUAAAUUGCUGUGAUAAGGACAAAAGUAUUCAAUCUUCUCUGAUCAAAAACAUAAGAUCCUGCAAGCCCAUAUUUAUACCGAAUGAUGAUAGGUUUUUUAAAACGGAUCAGUUUGAUUGCAUGAACUACGUGCGUUCGCGGCCAGCGGUGCGUUCUGAUUGUACAUUUGGACCUAUGGAACAAAUGAAUCAAGCUACCCAUUAUUUAGACGCAUCUAUGAUAUAUGGUACGACGGAACAACAGACGUUGUCGUUGAGAGAAAUGUGGCUCGGCCAACUGUCGGUAGAAAGCAUAUAUAAAUAUAAGGUACACAAUAACAUCACUCUGGAAAACACCGAUACGAACGUUUGUCAGAACGGUUCCGGUACGUGUUUUAUGAUGGGCGACAUUCGAGGAAACGCGUUCCCACAACUUAGUAUCAUGUACCUAAUGUGGAUGUAUGAACACAACCGGAACGCUCGAUUACUGUAUAAAGAAAGACCUAACAUGACUGACGAUCAACUUUUCUGGGAGGCCAGGAAAAUCGUGACGGCGUGCAUUCAGCACAUCACGUACAACGAGUGGCUGCCGGCACUGCUUGGCGUUAACUACACCAAGGAAAACGGUUUAGGAGUGGAAGGCAGAACCACGUAUGACGAGACUGCCGACCCGACAGUAAGCAACAGCUUCGCGACCGCGAUACUGCCGUUUGCAAAUUCCAUGAUCACCGAUUUAAUUAGUGUUUACGAUACAUUUUACAACUCAUAUUCUAGAGCGAAAACCAUAACUGAUGUACAUUUAAAUCACGGAAACUUAAAAGAAAAUUACAACCGACCGCUUAUGGUGGAGGACUUUAUGAAUUAUAAUAGGAUUCUAAAUGGACUAUUUAUGCAGCCUACCCAAAAAGUUGAUAUGUUGUUUACACAAACAAUGACAAAUUACUUGUAUAGUAUUGAUCCAAAUAAUUCGUAUGGAAUGGACAUUCUCAGUUUGGACAUACAACGAAGCCGUGAUCAUGGUAUUCCAAGCUACAUGCAAUUUAGAAAAUAUUGUGGAUUAAAAGACAUAGAAAACAUACAAGAUUUGUCUGAAAUAAUGGUGGAAGGUUCAGCUGAUAGAUUAUUGAAGAUAUACAAAACUUGGAACGAUAUAGAUCUGUUGGUUGGUGCAUUGUUGGAAAAACACGUUGACGACGCAAUGGUUGGCCCUACGAUGAGGUGUAUCAUCAGGGAACAAUUUGUGAGAACAAGAAUUGCAGAUAGAUAUUUUUAUGACGUACCAGGAGUAUUCUCUGAUUAUCAACUUGAGGAUAUCAAACGAGUGACGAUGGCCAGAAUUGUAUGUAAUAACUUUAAAUCAAUUCAUGGAGAAAUGGUAACACUAAAAAUCUUUUCGAGACCUGAGGUAUUUGAUAGUUCAUUACUUCAUCACUGUGAUCCGCUAUUAAUUCCGGAAAUUGACCAUUGGAGUUGGUUUGAUACAUUUGAGUAA